AUAUUUACAACCAUAUUAUACCCACUUACAUAAAGUGCAAGGUUGUUGUGUGUGCCAGUGAGUUCUGUAUUGUUAGUGUCAGUACAAAGGUUGUUUGGUAGGAUACACUGAUACGAAGCCCCGGUAGUACCGUGAUGGAGGUCAGUGUACCAGUUCCCACUGCCGCACCAUUACAGCUGACGUAAACCAGUAACGUGAUACCACGGGGCGUAGACAGGGAGUGGCCUGGUGGGCAGGGCUUCUAUUGAUGACACAGCAGACCUGUGUGUGCGUGAUUGCAGUGGGGGUGACAGCCUUUGAUGGAUUGCCAGCCACAGUAGCUUCAAACUAAAAGUGGGGAGUGACUUGGAUGUCAGAAUAAAAAAUGUAAACCAGUAUGGGGGGGAAGACUGGCUAAAACUGUGAAAUAGAAAGAAAAAAAACCACUUGCGUCACGUAAUGUUAGGUGUUGUUGGUUAAUUUGCGUGGUAAGUGUGUUUGUGUGUCAGGGCCUAUGUGUGGAGCAACGUAGGGGUGUGUUUGUGUGUGUGUACUACAGAAACUGCCACCAUCACACAUAAAACUGUACAUACAGCCUGGGGUCAUCUCACGAACCACACCUACUGGACAGCAGGCUGUCGCUCCUUACCGGUCUAUAGAUUACACACACCAGGUGACACAAACUGACCAGUGCAUGGAUGGACUGACCAGGGGCUAGGGUACAGAGUUCCAUCGGCUACUUCGAGUCUGAGUAAAAUGACAGAGGACAGUUCUCCAGUAUUAAACAACUCCCGACACAACAACAAUAAUUCUACCCAUGACGAUUCAGUGCGGGAUUCCGCAGAGAACUCUCCUGUGAUGGAGGAAGAUUCCUCCAUGGAGGAGCCACCAUUCAAAAUCAAACGAAGGAUAAAACGUGAAAUAGACACAGGAAUGUAUGACUCCCCAAUGACAAUGUCAGGAAUGUGUGUUGUGCCCACUAACUUUCAAAUCAAACUUGAGGCUCCGAGCCCCGAGAUGUCAUCGUCAGACUUGAGCCCAGACUCACGGGGGUCUCCGUACUCCCGGCCCUCCUUGAGUUUGUCUCCCAACCACUCCCCGGUGAUUGGGGAGGAGGGAGUGAGUGCAUUCACCAAGACAGUGCCAAAAAAUCAAACAGCCGAACAAAGACAACUAUCGCUUAUCAAACUAAGUCAGAUACGAUCAGCAUUUUCCUCGCGACCAUCAGGUGCCAGCGGACCAACAUCGGUGGGACAAAUGUUUGCCCUCAAAAAGAGGAUUAAACAGGCUCAACUUAACGGUGAUUUAUCCCUUUCUAAUCCCUCUCUGUCCCCCGUCAGUGGGGUGGAGUGUCUUCCUCAAUCGCCAAUCAAGGAGGAAAACGAGGACUCAAAGUCACCGCCACGGAGACCUGACGGCAAGCCGGUGCAGACGGAACCAGUGGAUCUGUCGGUCAGCAGCAAACGGCCGUGCAGCCCAGGCGAGAUUACCUAUAGGACACAGCAGGGACUCGAUCUACGGGUACAGCGUAAAGACAUGGAUGACCACCCCAAUGUCACACUGGAAGCCGUCAACAAGAUCGGUUCUGCGGCCCUACUGUCGUUGCGAAGGAUCAAAGAGGCCUCUGAUAAAUUCAAGAGUUUAGAACACACACGACCACACACUGCCAGUUCUCCGCUGCCAGUCAGCGCCCCCUACUCCAUCUCACCCGUGCCAGCCGGGAUCGACCCGUUCCUAGAGCGUGAAAAGAAGAGGCGGGUACAUCGCUGCGACUUUGAGGGCUGUAAUAAAGUGUACACCAAAAGUUCUCACCUGAAAGCUCAUAGACGAACACACACAGGAGAGAAGCCGUACGUCUGUAAUUGGGAAGGGUGCACCUGGCGGUUCGCACGCUCUGACGAACUCACGAGACACUACCGAAAACACACUGGUGCAAAACCGUUCAAGUGUAACGUCUGUGAUAGGGCCUUCUCACGAUCAGAUCAUCUCGCCCUACACAUGAAGAGACAUUGAGGAUAUACUUAGUUCCAAGUAGAUUCCAAAUUCAGUGGAGACAAUCCUCCAUUUUAAAUGGUCGUCAUGCCAACCAAGUCCACCAGCGAUAAACCUACGGCUGCUGCCUGUUGAACUGCUGGUUCAGUUCAUAUGGCCCUGAUCAUGGAUAUAUGUCUUCGUUUUUGAAGACAGAUCACCUGGCUCUAAUCUUGGAUGAAAUUCUUGGUUAAAAAUGAGCCUUAAGCUCAGUAAUUGGGAGGAUCAAAUAUGGCGACUUCAAGCAUUGAGGCUGCACUCUGAGCUUGCAUAUGAACAGGAAGCUGUGUACUGCUGUGUUGCUAGGCAACAGCUUGGACACACACCUCUGCGUCAUCUACAGAGAAGUUCUACAUCAAACAAAAAGUUGGAGAAUUUUAAUUUUGACUUCAAGUCAAGGUUAUGUCCCAAGUAUGACUUGUGUAUACAGGCUGCAAAGGCCUGCCCCUCAUGUUUGAUUGAUAAUGUAACAGGGAGCUAAGCCCCGCCCCCAGUGUGUGAUUGACAAUGUGCCAGGGUACAAAACCCCACCUCAUAGUAUGAUUGCAAUGUAAAAGACUGCUCAUCGGACCCCAAAGUACAAAAUGAUUGACAGUGUAGAUGGUAGCUAAGCCCCGCCUCUCGUGUGCAUGAUUGACAGAAGUGUAGACCGUACAUCACCAGACAUUCACACUCAUCCACCUACAAAGAAAGUCAUGUAACUAGUUCGUUUCCACUGCCAAAAUGCCAAUGAAAGUUGCUAACAGCCUUAUGCAAUCCUGAGAGUUCACGUAAUCUGUGUUGGAGGUAGCACAGAUACACACACUUGUGGUUGGCCGAGAAGUCACGAUACACUCUUCAUUCAUCCUCAUUCAAAAACUCCAGUGAUUGAUCGAUGAAAGGAUACUUUCUUUUUGAAGUGUUAUUUUUUUGUGUGGAUUUACUUUUUAAAAAAAAGAAGGAAGUAUUAAGGUAAAAAUAUCUCGCUGAAUUUGUUGUACCACUGAAUUUUUUAGCGUUAACGAUGUGAAGUUUUUACUACAAUUCAAAUUAGAGUGUAGUAAAUAUCUGAUCUGUAAUUUUACCAUACAUGUGCAUUAAGUUGACAGAUCUCCCUACCAGACUCAGUAUCACCCAUCCACCAGUAGUGAUAUUAAACCCAGCGAUACAAAGCAUAGUUAGUUUAUCAUAUCUUAUUAAACAUUUUGUUUUUUUUAAUUUACGAAGUCAUGAUUCUCGUUUCCAGAUAAGUGGACUGAAUCUCUACACAAGAAAAAUUCUGAACUUUGCAUACACAACACAUACCAAUAAAUAAGUUCAUAAAUUUGGUGUAGAAUUUGAAGUAACAAUUAAAUCCCAAGUUCAUGGGAAUUGGAAGAAACUUUUGACACUUUUCUUUCAAAAACCAGUUGUUUACCUAUUUAAAAAUAUACAAGCUAUCUGGUGUCGCGUUAUUGCUAACCACUGCACCGGGAGUAGACAGAUGGACAGCUUGGGUUGUAGAGGUCACUUCCUUGUGGACUUCCUGAUGUACACACGGACAGUGUAUGUCAUAACUGGCUUAGUAGACACUAAUGGAAGAUGAGAUUCUUCUUUAUAUGUGUAAAUUUGAAAAAUUAAAAAAUGCAAAUGUAGUGUUAAUUUAGUAUUUCACAGCAGACAGAAAAGGAGAUUUUUUCAUUGGUUAUUUUUUUUUUUUCAUAUAGAAAUUUUAACUUCCAAAGGUGUCCCAGUUAAUAUAUCUGUACUAGCGAGUCUUGAUAAAACAGGGUCAGGUCUGGGAUUUGAUAAGAUGCCAAGAGUUUGUAAGACCCAGACAAACUAAGAGCUAAGUAGUUACUUAUAAGCAAUAGACCAAUAUCGCCCUGCUGUCUUCCCAUCGGCAAUAAUAAUCUGUACUAGGUUAAGCAAUAUUUUACCUGUUAUAAAAUGUUUGUUUUUCGUUAAGCUUAUUUUAACUAUAUAUAUUUUACCAAGACGUUCUAGAGUUUUGGUUUUAUUGACAGAGACGGCAUCCCUCCCUGGUGUUGAUCAAGAGGUUACGACCUUGUGUAAUUUGAAUUUCCUUCCAACCGAGUCUUGCCAGAAGUAUUCUGUGAUUCAAGUGCAUAGUUUCCAGACAUAGCUUGAAAUUUUGUUCAAUGAAUAAUGUUUAGUAAAAAUAGAUUAAAUUGAGAUUAUUUUUACUAUCAGUUUGACUUAAUUGUUAAUAUUCAUGAGAAUUUUUGUUUUUUUAAUUUCAUUUUUUUCCUUACAAUUCCUUCAGCUUCUUGUUCAUUUUAAAGUGUCUCUAAAACAUGAAAAUGAAUCAAACUUAACAAAAACCGCGAAAUAUAUGUUAAGUUGAAAAUUUGAUUUAUUGUUAAUUAAAAUAAAAUCAUAAUGAAGCUUUGAAGAACGGUCGAUUAAACAUAUUUUGAUUGAAAAUAUAAUUGAAUGUUUUAAAUUUGUUAUUUAAUUCUAUCAAGAAACACUGUCAUAGCUUCCCGAGUAGAUUUCAAAAUUUUGUUACAGAGUGUGUAGUUUAUUUUAACGCAUUUUACCUUAAGCAAUAAACGAUGCAUAUUUUGUCUAGGUCAUGUUGAGAAUUUUUGUUUCUGUUGUACAAUUAUGUACUGUUCUGUGCUUUUGUGUAAAUUAUUUAGGUGUUUAUAUAAUUUAGUUAUUUCUAUGUUGAGUCACUGAAAGAUGGUGCUAAAUCUAUAUAUAUAAUGUACAGAAACAAAUUUCCUACAAUCUGCGUCAUAGCCUAAUUUCAAAAGCAAACACCCAUGUAACCUUGAUUUUUCAGUCAUCCAUGUUUAAUUCUCCUUAUGAUGUAUCAUUUAUUUUUAAGCACCUUUAUAACCCAAAUUUUUUUUCAAAACAUCUCAGUGCCCUUAUUUUCUUUCAAGCAUCCUUGUAACUAAGAUUUUACCCAUAAUAUUCACUUUCAAACAUUUUUGUAACCCUGAUUUCUUUCUGUUUUCCUUAUUAAUCCUUGUAACAGUGUAAAGUGCUGUAUAUAGAAUCUUUGUCUUUAUUUAUCCUUAACUUAUUUAACUGUAGCAUUUCAUUACAGAAAUAAAAGAUCAGUGCAUUGUAAAUACCAACGAACAGUCAUGUCCCAUUGCCAGAGGGAAUACAUGUACAUUUGUAAAUACCUGGUAGCAAUGGAUUUUUAUGAAUUGGAAUGCAGUACAUUUUUAAAGAAAUAUUCGUUAUUAUUUUGGUGGUAAUGAUGUGAAUUUGUACCCUGUAGAACGUAGUGAUAGAGUGAAUGGUAUUUCCAUUGUUACUUGUUUUUUCCGUUUCAACAGCUUGUUUUAUUCAAAAUACUUGUAUGUGUUUUAUUUACUGUUGAAGUUUUCAAUCGAUAAUGAAUAUCUUAAAUAAUUUAGAGCUUGAUUCAGAAAAAUCCAUAGCUAUGUCAUCAUUUACGGUUGAUAAUUCUCAGAUGAACAUGGUAACAUACAUAAACUCAUUCACCCCUGAAAUUUCAUAGUGAACUAUUCUAGCCUUUGAAUUAGAACAUUUCAAAUGUUUCUUCAGGGGUAUUGAGAAUUGGUUUCAGUAUUCAAUUAUUGUGUCUGCAAAUGAAAAACAAAUUGUAAUUUUGUAGUUAAGGCUAUCUUGUGUUAAUCAUUCCUAUGUAAGAUCACAAGUUCAUCCCAAUGAAAUAUUAGUCACAGAAUCAACCCCAAGUUAGUUCAUUGGGUCAUAAGUUCAUCCCCUGUAAGGUCAUGGGGUCAAUAGGUUCAUCCCCAUGGAAGUACAGGGGGUCACAGGGUCAAGUGUCAAAGUGCAAUAAUCCUCAUCUAUAUCAUCCCAGUUUGAUGAACACUUUUAUUAUUGAAUUUUUUGUUUGGCGUGCUAGUGAUACGUUUUGUUAGAUAUUGUUACUGUGGUAACAAGUAGAUUGUUAUGUUGUUAGCGUGACAUUGCGCGAGUGCUUGUUAAUUGUGUGUGAUUGGUAAGAUUGCUCAAAGUUUUCAUAUGUGUCAAUAUGGAGAAACAGAAAUAGCUGAUGAAAGUACGAUACAAUAGCCAUGGAACUCAAGUUCCAAAUUGCCAAAUUUUGGCAAAAAAACAUGCAUGAGAAAUAUUUGCCAAAUUAUUAAUGUUUGUUAUUUUUUUGCUGCUUCGUAAGGAAGAAUCGAAAGCGAAUUAAAUGGUUUUCAUGGUAAUGAGCGACAGUCGGCCAUUGUUGACAAUGUGUCAACGGUCGGGAACAAUCAUUGUCCUCUAUAAUAAAAGUAUAUAGAGCUAAA